UUAAUCCAGUGCGGUUUCUCGGGCGCUUUUAUAGAGACGCACCACAACAAUACCGUAUGGCAGACGUCAGUUUGUAACGAUAUCUCGAUUAUAAUCGAGUCUAAUGUGUAACAACAAUGGACUUGCAGUGGGAAGACAUUCCAGUCCCAGAGACGCCGUUCUUCACCAGAGAAUUAUACGAUAAGUACUCCCUCGCGCCCACUAUUAAAGAACUCUGGGAGAUAUCACAAAGCCCUCUAGAUAAUGGAGAUGCAGUUGCCCCAUGUGAUGGUGGAGAUGCAGAAAUACACCGCAGCCAACCCACGGAGGUUCCCGUGAAGUUGACCAACAGCCACAACACGAAUGAGGGAGACGAAGAUGGGGGUUUGAGCAACUGUGUCAGCGAUGAUCAUAGGUCAAAUAGCACAGAAAACCCCAAUGACAACAAACAGGCCAAAAAGCAAAAAAGCAAAAAGGUUAAGGAUAAUGUAGUUGAAAAAGUAGAUUUCCCAGAACCUAGAUUGCCUUAUCCGUGCAUUUCCAGUCUGACUAUUCAAGACCAGAAGAAUUAUCUGUAUAUAAUGAACAGUAAAAAGCCCAGGGAACCUCCUCCGAAUUUGAAGGAACAAGUCAACAAUGAAGUUGCAGAGUUCAUGCACUACCUCCACAAUGUGUCCAAAUUGUGUCCUGACGAUUACAAAUACAUUUCCCAAGGGGCUCUGAAAUAUUCUGAGGAUUUCUUCAUGGCCUGCAUAGAGAAUCUAGCAUCACUGCCACACCUCUACCAGAUCUGUGAGAUGACUAGUUUGACAGGAGGAACCUUCGAUCAGGGACUGGCUCUAACCUUUGAGAAACAGCUCCUUAUAAUGGGCAGUGUGGAUAUUGGAGACCAUGAUAUAGUGGCUGCUGACGCACAGCUUGCAACCGAUUAUCAAAGUGUUUCAUCACAAAAUCCCCCAGCGAAGAAAGCCAGAGACAAAUGUGCUGCAAUCAGCGAUGACGGUAAUGCAGAGAAGCUUAGCCACCAUUAUGAGCCCCAUGUGUGCCUGACUCACGAUGCUCUGGUGACCCUGCUGGAUAACCACGGGCCCGAGUUCUCUACGUCCUGGGAGCUUCCCGUGUGGGUCAAAGUAAACCCGGAGAAAGCACUACAGAGGAAGACCGUGUACAUCGACCCUCCCCUGCUGAAGACCGAGGUGACGGCCGGAGAGAGGAGUCUGGUUUUCCACGAGGAGAGUCUGAAGAGUUCCCUGAACAACCACGGCCAGAAGAAGAUCAUGCUGGUCAUGACGGAGAAGCUGGGCCCCCCGCACGACCCCUCCAAGAGAGGGGUGGUUGCCUCGGAGAGCCGGGGCCUGGACUUCAGCCACGUGGACGUCACCGACCUGGAGACGUUCGGAGGCACGGCCGCUCAGCCGCUCAAGAGACAGAAGACUGCAGCGGUGCAGAAGGUCGCUCUGCCUGACGGAGGCCACGCUUGUGAGAACACCACCGCUAGCUCCCAGGAGGAGGAAGAGGAGGAGGAGACGGAGGAAGGAAACACGACGCCAACGGACACGAAGGACCCCGUGAGGGAGGACUCGCUCCCACGGCGUCCGGCGGCGUCCACGGGCGACUCGGAGGACGAGGUGCUGGUCAUCGACGACCCCGCGGUCCCGGCUGACCUCGAAACCACGGCAACCGCGAGCUGCGCCGACCUCAGCACUGUGGCGAGCAUCCCGACGCCGAAGAGGAAGCGAGGCAGACCCAGGAAAGCUGACGGGCCCAAGAUGGCCACGGCGCCGGGGGACCAGCUGGGAGAGAUCCUGCGCAUGCAGAGCGCCAUGCUCAAACCAAAGGCCAAAUGCCCCCCUGCGGCGGCGACUCCGGCGCCGGGCUCCUUCUCCCCGCCGCCGUCCUCCGGCCACGCCCACCCCACCUCGCUGGUCAAGCCGUGCGUGACCUCGUACCUAGAGAACCAGGACGGAGAGGGCGGCGGCGGCGGCGGCGGCGGCGGCGCUCCUGUGAUCCACCAAGCCUCCAGUACCACCGAGCACAGAAAGCUCCUCGCCGAGCAUCUGCAGGAGAGAGCGGAGGACGAGUGCGACUACCAGGCCCCGGAGGAGGGCAGCCUCGUCUACAAGCUGUACAGCCUGGCCAACCUGCUGGUGCUAGUGCGGAGCUCCCUGGCACUCACGUACUCCAGGGCCGGCAGCAACGGCAUCAACCGGUACGUCCCCGUCCACGUGCUGCCCAAGCUGGAGCACCAGCUGACCUACGGCGUGGAGGUUCUCAGCAGCAGCCAGGCCUGUCGGCUGUGGGCCCACCGACAGCUCCACUCCUCGACCGUCUCUUACGUUGCCCACAUCAACGCGCACACGUCCAAAGUGGCCCUGCUAAGAAUGCUGUCAGAGGACUGGAAGCAGAAACUCUCUUGUGAUUUUAGGCCCUCCAAGUCCCUAAACAUCCUGCAACACAUGCUGAAGAAACUCACCGGGCUGGAGGAGGGCCGCUACCUGAUCCGACAUAAGGCCGGGGAGCCCUUCGUCACCAUCUUCAAAGCGGGGCCCAGCGAGAAGGUAACGCGGGGCACGUAUGACCUGCAGCAGGUCCACGGCGCCCUGCCCCGGCCCAGCACCGCCCCCGCUCCCUGGCUGCCCGUGGACCCCAGCGUGGUGAUGCCCUUCCACAGGAGCCACUGGCGCGUGCCCUGCACCUUCCCCCCCAGAGAGGUCCCCACGCAGACCAGGAAAGGGAACUGUGGCCCGGGCCAGUUCAGCAGAACCAAGGCCCAGCCCGGGGCCGGUGCCAACAAGACCAAGAACAAGAAGAAGAAACAAAAAAAGAAAAAAGCCAAAGCGAAAAGCACAGCCGUCCCACUCCCACCGCCAACACCCAGCACUUGAACUUACUCGUGUUGCUUUCUAUUCGUAGAUAGUUUUCUCUAUUUUUGUUACUGAAAAUGUUGAUAAUAAAUCUGUUUUGUUUGU